CCUUCGACCAAUCAGCCGAGAGUUUCGGUCCAGUGUGAAUGACGUCAUUCUUAACACAUGGCUGCGACUGGAGGAUGUUGAGGGUCAUCAUCCGAGUUGUUUCACAAGUGCAGACACGAAACAAGCAAAACGUUUCCUCUGCGUUACGGAGCCUCAUCUCUCCAGCCCCCACCUCUAUUAACUGUGCAGUGAAUACCCAAAUGGAGCACAAAUUAUAUAAACCUCCUCCACAAGUCCGCGGUAUGACGUCUUUGGACAAAGAGGCUUUCACACAGACCCUCACUAUCCCAGCUCUACGGGUGCCGACGCGGUUCAUCAACAAAGUGACGAAGAGCUUGAAAAAGUCCACCAUCCAGCGUCCAGGGAUUUGCAGAGUGGUGCAGGACAAGGAGGACAGUCCAGACUUUAAGCUGGUGCUGCUGGACCCUCACAGAGUGUCCUCACUGAACUCUUUUAGCGAGCUUGAGGCAGAAGCUCUCAGGUCAUUUGACGUUGUGGAGGAGCUGCAGUACUAUGAGCUGAGGUUGACCUACGAGAACCUGAAGAGUGAGGAGGUGCUGGAGGCUGUGCUCCCUCCCGGCCAGGACGUGACGUCUGCGUUCAGCCGAGUGGGACACAUAGCACACAUGAACCUGAGGGACCACCAGCUGCCGUACAGGAACCUCAUUGGUCAAGUGAUCAUGGACAAAAACCCUGGUGUCACCUGUGUGGUCAACAAAACAAAUAUGAUCGACUCAACAUAUCGCAACUUCAAGAUGGAGGUGCUGGCUGGAGAGGAGAACAUGGUCACCAAAGUAAAAGAAAACGGGGUUACGUACGAGUUUGACUUUUCUCGUGUGUACUGGAACUCAAGGCUGAGCACAGAGCACCAGCGUGUGGUACAGCUCGUCAAACGCGGUGACACCGUAUUUGACGUGUUCGCUGGCGUAGGACCCUUCGCCAUCCCGGCAGCUAAGUUGGGUGCCACCGUGUUGGCCAACGACCUCAACCCGGAGUCUUACAAGUGGCUGCAACACAACAGCAAAGUGAACAAGGUGGAAGGCAAAGUCAAAACUUUCAACAUGGACGGCCGAGAGUUCAUCCGAGGUCCACUCAAGAAAGAGCUGCCCAAGCUGCUGAAAGGAAAAAGUGCGGUGCACGUGGUAAUGAACCUGCCUGCUUUGGCCCUGGAGUUUUUGGAUGCCUUCAGAGGCCUCCUGUAUCAGGAGAACGAAGAGAACGUCCCCACAGUUCACUGCUACGGCUUCUCUAAAGACGACAACCCAGAGAAGGACGUAGUAGAUAAAGCAUCCCAAAGCAUCGGGUUCCCUCUAGAGAACCGCUGCUCUGUGCAUUUUGUACGGAACGUCGCUCCCAACAAAGAUAUGAUGUGUGUGAGCUUCACCCUCCCUAAAGAAGUCCUCUUCAGCCACGAUGAUGCGCAGACUGAGUCUUCAGAGGAACCGGCACCCAAAAGGCAAAAGCAUGAGGCGGCAGAUUCAACAUAGAAUUGUAUUUAAUUCUUUUUUUUUUUUUUUAUAAAUCUCACAUCAUGAACUUUUAUGCGAGGAAAUAUUUGCAUCAGCCAUUUUUUUUCACACACAUCAUCUGCCUCAUCCUCCUAGCUCGCUCCUAUGCUGGCCAGGAAGACGCGCUGGCUAUCAUUCAUCAGCUCGCACGAGAAACAAUCGCAUUAAUUUACUUUAUUAAGUGCAUGAAUAAUAUUGUGGAGUGAGCAAGCAUGACAAUUUUUUUUCACUUGAUGGAUUAUUUACUGUAUUGCCAAAUUAUUAAAAAUUUUAAUCACA